GGAGGAGCACGCGCUGAAGGCACCGGCCUAAAUCCCACACCGACCAGACGGCAAACAAAAACGUGUUGAGCUUUGGCUUUGAUACUAAGUUCAGUUCAACAUCUUUACUGAGUAAGAUGUCAAAGAAGAUCUCCCAGAGCUCUGUAGAGGAUAAAGUGGAGCAAGAUUCCCCUCCCAGUCGUUGUCCAGUGGACCAGUCCACACAAGCGGCUCUGGGAGGUAGUAAAAAGGCAGAAUCGGGCCAGAGAAACGGGGAGACUGCGUCAUCAUCUCCAGAGAGCGGCAGCUUGAAUGGAGAUUUGAAACGCUGUGGGAAAUCACGCCGCCGCAGGAAACGCUCGUCUAAUCCCGACAAAUGCCCAGAAGGGAAAGUCGAAAAGGUGAAAAAAGAAGAAAAACCGGAAAAACAAACCAGCCAGGCCUUUAACCAGCAAGAUGUGUUGAACGGCUUGCAGUCGGAAUGUGCUAAUGUGUGGUUUGAGCGCAGCAUCUACGAGCGCGCAGAGAGCCUGUACCAGAACUGGCUGACUGCCUCCUUUCCCAAGACCCCCCAGUCUAAACCCUCACCUCCAUCCUCAGGAAAACGCUCAAACAAUGCGCCUGCUGUGGUGCCAGUUUCCUUAGGACCGGCCUGUCACCAUGGCGAUCGAUUGGCUUGCCACCAUGUCAAACAGGCAGUUGUGGUCAACAAGACGUCUUUCGACCAAGCGGAACGCUGCUUUGUUGAAGGUUCUGCCCUGCCAGCAGUUCCUAACUCUUUAGUCCUCCCCUCCUCCCCUAACUGCCCCGCUGCAUCAAGAACGCCCGAUGAAGGGUAUCAAUCUCAAGCUCAGACUCCGGCCACCCCCGUCAUCCAGCAGGCGGCUGCCACCCCAGUGGCUCGACAGUCCAUUAACGGGCUUCCCCGCAUCCCUCUUGAGCUGGUAAAAGGGGUGUGGCUUGACAAACCACUGUAUGACCGUGCUGAGGCCACCUUCUACCAAAACAUGUACGGUAACAACUCCUCCAAGAGGCCCAGCUGCACCUCCACUUCCAGAUGCAACGACCAUCCUCAGAGUCUUGUGGAAGAGGAAGAAGAGGAGGAUGAGGAGCUGGUGGAGGACAAACCAUUGGUCCUCCUUGGUAAAGCUGAGGUUUUCCACGCUCUUCACCCAAUCCAGGAGGAGGAGGAACCAGCUGAGGCUCAGGAGAAAGAAGAAACACCAGGAAUAUUCUUCCUCCAUCCAGACAGCGAGCGAGUGUGGCUGGACAAGUGGCGGUGGGAUGCUGCAGAGAGUCGUUUCCAUGGCACCAAUGCAGCUAAAGGCUGUGCAUUUCCUUAA